GCUGGCUCCGGGGGCGGCCGGGAGGGAGGGGAAGCGUCCCGGCGGGCGGUCCCGGCCUGCUGCCGUCUCCGGGGCUCUGGGCCGCGGGUGCAGGGGCCGGCCCGCUGCAGCACCGGGGGGUAAACCCCCGCGUCGCCGGUACCCGCGGUGCGGGCUGUUUCCCGUGCGUGUUGCCGUGCCUGGUUCGGAUGAGUCCCUCGGCUGGGAACCGCUCCCCCAGGCGCUGCCAUUUUGCGCUGCUGUGGCCGCCUCCAGCCCCGCCAGUAAACAACCGGGGAGCGGGCCCGGGGGCGUCCCCUGCCCCGGCCUGUUCCUUCAGGCCUUCGUUUUGCCGGGUUGGGGGUUCGGGUGGGGCUCUGCUCCCUGGCAUAGCCAACGGGGCACCAGCACCCUUGGAGCGUUUGGGGAUGAACCCCUGCGGGCCGCGGCUCUCCCGGGCACGAGGUAUCGACGGGGUCCGGCGGCAGGAGGUGCAGCGGUGCAAACCCGUGUCACGCUCGCGUCACACCCGUGUCACACGCCGUGUGGGAGAGCGGAUGGUGCGAGUUAAGGGCAGGUGUGGGCCUGGAUCCCCCGUGGUUUUGUGCUGGGGUUCGGUUUGGGUGUUUGGCGUCACCUCGCUGUGCGGGCCCCUCGGUGACAGUUUCAGACGUGUGCGAUCCCAUUUUCAUAUCGCUGCGUGUUGAAAAUUCCUGUCGGUGGAAGCAGCGGCUGGGUGGUGGUGCCAGCCUGGCUGUCGUGCGCCGUUGGGUUGCUGCGGUGGGUUUGUGGCUGCUGUCGCAGCUGGGAGCAGUUGGCUGAACCCCCUGGAAGUCCCUGACUGUUCAUCAGGAUGUGUGCGGUGACCGGCGCCCUGUCCUGUGUUUUGUUUUGGUUUUAAAUCUGAACGUGCGUACAAACGAUAGGGAAACCAAGGGGGAAGAGCGCUGACGUUUUCGCAGCCUCUUCCCCGUGGUUAAUGACAGCAGGCAGUGCUUUUUAUUUCCCUGGUGGGUGUGUGCGUGCCCUUUAUGGUGACCUUUUCACUUACAAAAGGGUUACCUAAAGAUUGUGCACAGUUUAAAGGUGUUCCUUUUCGCUGCUUGCUUUUGUUUUCUUUUUACUUAACAAUCACGAGUCUCAUGUCCAAAUCAGUUCCUGGUUUUGCUGGGUAAUUUUUGAGGGCACUUGGGCCUCUUUUUGUGUGUCAUUAGCUUGAUUACUAUUGAAUUUUGGCAUUCAGAGUUGUGGUUGGUUUUUUUUCAAAAUAGUGUCUUAGAUUAAAAUUAAAAACUUCUGCAGUGCAACUAACUCCUUACUAUGUCAAUCAGCUUGUCCACUUUGAAUUCUUGUUUACUAUUCAGUAUUCUUAAAGACUUCAUCUUAAAGGCAUUCGAAUCCUCAAUUUCUAUUGUAAAAUGAGGGUUUUUUUUUUAAAAAAAGAGUCCUUUAAAACCAUGUGUUUUGGUCUUUUUUUAUAUCACAAGGAAAAAAUGCUGCGUUUGUUUUUUGGUGGAGGGAAGGAUUAUGCACUUUUUUCCUCUCUUCCUUUAAAAGAAAAAAAAACUAGAGCACGUGUUGUGGGUGAGCCAGUGUAUUGCAGUAGAUACAACUGGGAGUUUGUUUACUCUGCCUCUUGCGCUAACCAGACAUCUGAGAUGAAGCACAUCUGCAGAUCACGUUAUCUGAAAUAGCAACUAGAAUUGGCCAAACCGGCAUUACAGUUCCUGUACUUCAGAAUGAACAUACCAUUUAUUUUGUUAAUUUUGGUUGCAUUACCUUGGGGUGCUGUUGCUAAUACCGUACCAGACAAUCGCCAGUCCGGCCACGCCACGCGAGUGCUGGUGCUGACGUGAGGCGGCAGUGGGCACGAGUGCAGGGUGGAAGCCACCUCCGCUGGCAGCAGAAGCCCAGCUCAGCUUCAGACCGUAGCACUGCGAAGGAGAAACUCUGCAAACUUUUCUCAAUGACUCUAUAGCCAACUGAUGUAACAAUGGUACUAAUAUUGGGACGCAGACUGAAUAGAGAGGAUAGUGGGAUACGAGAUUCCCCUGCAACCAAGCGGAAAGUUUUUGAAAUGGACCCAAAAUCGUUGUCAGGCCCUGAGUUUUUUGACUUCUCAUCGGGAUCAUCCCAUGCUGAAAGCAUUCUCCAGAUCUUCAAUGAAUUCCGAGACAGCCGGUUGUUCACGGAUGUUAUUAUCUGUGUGGAAGGAAGGGAGUUCCCCUGCCAUCGAGCGGUUCUCUCGGCCUGCAGCAGCUACUUCAGAGCUAUGUUCUGCAACGAUCAUAGAGAAAGCAGAGAGAUGUUAGUGGAGAUCAAUGGCAUUUUUGCUGAAGCUAUGGAUUGCUUUUUGCAGUAUGUAUACACUGGCAAGGUGAAAAUCACUACAGAGAACGUGCAGUAUCUCUUUGAAACAUCAAGUCUCUUUCAGAUCAGUGUUUUGCGUGACGCCUGUGCCAAGUUCCUGGAAGAACAGCUGGAUCCUUGCAAUUGCCUGGGAAUCCAGCGCUUUGCAGAUACCCACUCGCUCAAGACGCUAUUCACCAAGUGCAGGAAUUUUGCGCUGCAGACAUUUGAGGAUGUGUCCCAGCAUGAAGAGUUCCUCGAACUGGGGAAGGAUGAGCUUAUUGAUUACAUUUGCAGUGAUGAACUGGUGAUCAGUAAGGAAGAGAUGGUGUUUGAAGCUGUCAUGCGCUGGGUGUACCGGGCAGUUGAGUUGCGAAGACCAGUGUUACAUGAACUUCUGACGCACGUCAGACUCCCGUUGUUACACCCAAACUACUUUGUUCAGACUGUGGAAGUGGACCAGCUGAUUCAGAAUUCUCCAGAGUGCUAUCAGCUGCUGCAUGAAGCCCGGCGAUACCAUAUCCUUGGAAAUGAGAUGAUGUCUCCCAGAACUAGGCCACGCAGAUCAACUGGUUAUUCUGAGGUGAUAGUUGUUGUUGGAGGCUGUGAACGAGUUGGAGGGUUUAAUUUGCCAUACACUGAGUGCUACGAUCCUGUAACAGGAGAGUGGAAGUCACUGGCUAAACUUCCAGAGUUUACCAAGUCUGAGUAUGCGGUGUGUGCUCUGCGGAACGAUAUUCUUGUUUCAGGUGGAAGAAUCAAUAGCCGGGAUGUUUGGAUUUAUAACUCUCAACUUAACAUUUGGAUCAGAGUUGCCUCCUUAAAUAAAGGCAGAUGGCGUCAUAAAAUGGCUGUUCUUCUUGGUAAAGUAUAUGUUGUUGGAGGAUACGAUGGGCAAAACCGUCUCAGCAGUGUGGAGUGUUACGAUUCGUUUUCCAAUCGAUGGACAGAAGUGGCUCCCCUUAAAGAAGCUGUGAGCUCUCCAGCAGUCACCAGCUGUGUUGGCAAACUGUUUGUGAUUGGGGGUGGUCCUGAUGACAACACGUGUUCUGACAAGGUUCAGUCUUACGAUCCCGAUACUAAUUCUUGGUUGCUCCGUGCAACUAUCCCUAUCGCAAAAAGAUGUAUUACGGCUGUGUCUUUAAACAAUCUGAUCUAUGUUGCUGGUGGACUUACCAAAGCCAUAUACUGCUAUGAUCCAAUUGAGGACUACUGGAUGCAUGUACAGAAUACAUUCAGCAGACAGGAGAAUUGUGGCAUGUCUGUGUGUAAUGGAAAAAUCUAUAUCCUUGGUGGAAGACGAGAAAAUGGUGAAGCCACAGACACUAUUCUUUGUUAUGACCCUGCAACGGGCAUUAUCACAGGAGUAGCAGCCAUGCCCAGGCCAGUAUCGUAUCACGGCUGUGUGACGAUUCAUAGAUAUAAUGAAAAAGGCUUUAAACUGUAAUUUUUUCUUCAAAAAUGAAGAUGGCAUGAAUGAAUCCAGCGGUCUGCUGCAAGACAGGCUUUUUAAAGAUUCCUGAAAUGGGAAAAUGCCCUUUCCCUACCUAAGUGUCAUAUAAAAUUACAUCCUGUGCCUUUAGAAAAAGGGGUUAAUUUAACUUUAAAAACAAGUCUACAAAUCUAUCCAGUAACCAGAGUUCAGUUCCAUCUGCUACAGGCUCUGAUAUGAGAGCAGUAAUAGUGCAUUGUACUAGUGUUCAGAAAGUUUGCCCUGUGUGUGAUCAGCAGUUAAAAUCUUGGAAGCUUUUUGGGGAAAGUGCCUUCAUAAGCAUUUGUGCCUGUGUAUUUCAGGUUCUGCUAAUUGGAAAAACACAUAGGCAAGUAAAUUCCAAAGAAUCAUCUAGGUUAAUUACCUACAAUUAAAAAAAGCUUAUAUAAUUAUAAUCCAUAUGCACAGCAUUCUUACAAGCAGAUUACUUGGUUUAACCAAGUAGGUUUUAUGUCAGAUCAUGUGUGGUUUGGAAUUAAAAAAACAAAACAAAAAAAAAACCCAACAAAACAAUCUACAUAGGACAAAUAUUAGAAUCUUUGAGGAAUGCUUUUUUUUCUAAGAGAGAAACUGGUUGUUUAGUGAACCACUGCAACACACUGCAGUGAUGACUGUGUACCUUACCACUAUGGGCCUUAUUCAUAGUGUUGCUAAACGUUUAUCAGAGUACAAGACUAUAUGACCUGGAAUACUAGUGACCACUGGAGUGUAGGUGUGCAUCUAUGAAGCAAAUUUUGAGUCCCAGUUCUUAACUUUUUGAAUAGUAUUGCUGAAGUCUGAAAGUUACUGGGUUCACUCUUCACUUACUGUGAAGUAUCUCUGAACAAGGAAUAAAGGAUGAUGAACUCUGGAUUCUUCUGCUUUUCUGAAUGACAUUAUAAAUUACCUGACGAUAGAGGUAGGGACUUAGGUUACACCCUACAGCUUAUAAAUCGGUCUUUUGGAUAUCUCAUCUGCAUAGAUGGCAGAGUACCCACCAAGUACCCACCUGGCCUUUCUUCAGACAAUCACUUACUCCAGCACAGUUAAACCACUGUAUAAGCUGCUUGGCCACAGAUUAAAGUAGUUCUGAAAAGGUCCCUCUUGUCACCAGAAAGGUAUCUGUGGACCUGGCCAUGUAGCCAUAUGAGGUAACUCCUACAUAACAUGUUUUGGAUAAUUUUGAAGCCUAGGAAGUGCCUGUAUUUUGACCCUUUUUGGGUUUGGUGGUGUUUGGUUUUGUGGGGUUUUUUUUUUUUUUUUAGUAAAGGUAUUUUUUAAGUCCUCCCUAGAUUUCUAUACUAGGUCUCUUUAUUUCCAGUACACAGUUUAUAGUUGAGGCACAAGUUCAUAAAAACCUGAAAUAGCACUUGAGAGUUGGAAAAUGAAUAGGAUUGUCUGUGUACCAAUUUCCUGUUAAUCACCAAAAACCUCAGGAACUGCCUUUCAAAGGAAUUCUGAGGACAGCAGCCAGUAGGGAAGUUGGUCAGUGCCAGAGCAGAAAAAAACCACCAUAAGGCCCCUGCAGAGACAGCCUUGGCCUCAGGGUUCUGGUCUCCGUGCGUGCUCAGGAGGGUGAAAACAAGCACCAUCUCUGGAACGUCGUUUGUUCCACUGGACUUUCUUCAUCUGUUUUCCCAGAGUAUUUCAUGAGAUGGAAAUUCUGACCCUCGGUGAAACUAUGCCAAACUGGGAGUCAUCAUUUUCAGUAACAUACGGUCAUGACUUUUAAAGAGCACUGGGAGCUGCACUUUGUGAUGCAUUAACUUGUAACCUCAGGAAAGGACACAAAUUUCAGUUUCUGGCUGAAUACCAAACACUGCUUUGUAUAUGUUAAGAAUACUGAUAAAAUACAAAUCUCUGCAUAUCAAUGAUGUAAUUAGGAAGUCAGUCCCCAAGCAUGUACAUUCACAUUGCCCUAAAAAGAAAGUCCCUCAGUAGCAUAAGAGAAAUGAAUCGGAUAAAUUAAUCCUUUUCUAAGUUCCUUGCAUUUCUGCUCACUAAAUGUUAAUUUGAAAAGGUAAUUUCAGUAUCUGUGAAUAAGGUCUGUUGAUAGCAAUGGUAAUUGCCCAGUAACUGAUAUUAUAUACUAACACUGUAUAUAACUUGUGCCAUCAUUGUAAAUGAAAAUGUAAAAAAAUUGCAGGAGCACUUCAUUAGAGAUGCAAUUUGAAAAAUAUCUCCUUUCCUUUGAUUUCCUUCUUGUUUGUAUUAAGACUUGUAAUGUUGAUUGUCAUGCUAAACUGUUUUAAAACAUUCUUUAUUCUGUAGGUGUAGAACAAUGUCAUUUAUGUAUAAGUACCUUUAAAUCUGUGUUUAUAAUACUGCACUACUCUGUAAAUAGCAAGAUACCGCUUUCUGUGGUUUUGAAUAUUCAUUUUAUAGUUUAGUUGUCUUUUUCUUAAAAACUUUACUGUUACCUAUUAUUUUGAAAAUGACAGUGUUUAAUGAACCAGUAAAUGCAGAAAUGUAGAUGUAGAAGAAAACUUCUGCUUACAGUUCUUGAGAACCGGUAUUCAAUGCUGAACAGUUACAUGUGUGGAGUGUUGGUAUAAUGGCAGUUAAUCAUGCAAUGAUUUCCUUAAAACAAGCGGUAAACUUUUUUUGCUUAUUGACUCUAUAAAUAAUUUGCACUUAUGGCCUGCUCUGUUACAACAAUUAUUUUUUGAUGUACUAAAAAAGAACAAUUAACUUUGGUUUAAUGAAAACGUACCAUUUUUCUAGAAGGAUGCCUUAAUUUGGAAGUCGCAUUCCUGAGCCACCUGUUCUCCAAUGCAUUUCACUUAGGUAUAGAUGAAUUCAAAGAUUUAAACUCUCACUAUUAUACAUAUCUGGCUGCUUGCAGUUUACAGGCUGCAGCAGCAAGUUGGAGGUUUUUUGGUCUCAACUAGGAGAGAAAGUUAUUAAUGUUGUCUAAUACAAUCAAAAGAUUGCCAUCAUUAAUGGUAAUAGGUUUGGCAGCUCCAAAGUAGACACCUGCACAAAGAUGCAACUUCAGUCUCACCCAUACAUGGGAAGAGGGCUCAAGUAUCUCCAAAGUCACACCUAAAAAAUUCUAAGAGUUGUCUAAUAUUUCACUCCACUAAACAGAUAAGUACCUUUAAAGUAUUUCACUUUUUAAAAGAAAUGAGAGUAAAUGUUUUCCUUCUCCAUUUUGAUGUCCGCUUCAUGAGUUACAUCCUUCUGUUCUUAGCAAUAUGAUGUUAAUUGAAAAGAAGUUGAUGCUUCCUUGCAGCCUGGCUUCAAGAAGGUUCUGAAUAGCCAACUUCAGUACUGCAUACUGUGCAGCCUGUAGCCUUCCACUUUUAGGUAUACCAUGCAUUCCCUCAUUUUACAGCCAUCAAGCAUGUAGCAUUGCCUGGUAAUUGUUUAGUUUUACCUGUAGGUUCCCUUCUUGGCAAUGCUUAAGUAGGCAUCAUUUGUGGGGUCUCUUCCAUUUGUACCACGAGAUGAUUCAUUUUAUGCUAUGUGCCCAAUAUGUGUGGUGAGGAUUAGGCACUGUGCUUUCUAUGCUAACACCAAGGGUCCAGAGUUGUACUGUUGGUUUUUUAUUUUAAUUGGCACCGAUGCAGUUCUCAUCAAAGAUUGCUUUUGUUUCUAAGAGGAGGUGCUCACCUUGACAGAGAUUCCCAGAGGAAGCUUUGGUCACUUGUGCUUGAGAGCAAGCAUACUGCUGACUGCACCAGCUACUUCCUCAAAAUUGCUGAGUUCACUGCGUUAUCUUAGAUAAUUGCUCAAUUUAUCCUGCUUUUGUUGUGAGCUACAAGGACAAAAAAAGCAGCAGUCCCACUCCCUGUGUGACUUCAGGUUUCCCUCCUGCCCAAGGCAUGGUGGUGUGCUGGAGCUGUCACUCUCAGCGGGUAGGCAGAGCUGUGAACUCAGCCUAGCUCCAUAGAGAUGAGAAACUCCUGGAGUGGUGGCGCGAGAUGGCAGGAGGAAACGCAGUGCAUUUGGUGCUCGUGCAUUUGGCUGGGCUUGCUGAAACAAAGACACGCUGGAUGCUCUUAAGUUUGCAAUUCCAGAUGCUGAAACUCAGGUGGUAAAAAUACUUCAUGUUUGUCAACUCACUGAACUCAGUUGGAGUGAUAAAGAUGCUGUCUUCCAGUGGCAAUGUUCAAGAAAGCCAAAGGCUCGUUUUUCCUAAUUGCCCAACUAGGCAAGUAUAUGUGGUUGUCUUUGUUCUACCACUGAGGAUGGCAAAAGCCAAUUCAAGAGCAUUAAGAAACUCACACGACUUGAUCACUGUGAGGCAAAAUGAAUGUUUUCAUCUGAAUGUAGUCUUGUGCACACAGGCAAGUACAAAUUUAAUGGUUUGUUGUGUCUGGUUAAAUCUGAGCACUAUAUACUCAGAAAAGGAGUCUACAAGUUCAGAUGAGAUUUUUAAGCAGAAAUAUGCUAUCUGAUUGGGGGCCAACCAGUGAUUCUUUUAAACAUGUCUAGCACACAAGUUUCCCGAGUGUUGAAUUUCAUUUCAGGUGUCAUUAAUAAAAAUGCAUCUCACUGUCAGUUUAUCCUGACUGUCAGUGCUGUGAGCAUUGCUACAAAACGGCAGCCUCCUUCCAACCCCAAACCAGAUGUGUCAAUCGCCUGUUCUCUGCGCGCUGGCCUUGCAUCAGCUGUUUUCCAUAACUAACAAUACACAUAAGUUAUCAGGGCUAUAUACUUUGAGUAACAUGAACAUUACUGUCUAAGAACUCUAUUUACAGGAACAUUGCUUUUUUUUCUGCUGUAGUGCUCCCGUCUAUGCUCAGAUGUUUGUGCGCACGUCUGUGCGUGUGAAUAAUUUCGUGAUCAUUUUCUGAUAAUGCUGUUGUAAGUAAUGCACAUAAAAGCCCCUCUGUACAGCAUGUUGAUAAUGUAAUUAUGGCUUACUUUGUAUUGUUAGUUCCAAAGAAAAUAAUGUGUGUUAAUUUUGAAAAUGCCUGUGCCUUGAAUUCACCUAUAUUUUUAUCUGUUGUGAAAGCUUGGAUUACUUUUCCCAGUUUAUUAGGAUCAGUCUUACUCUCCAGACUGUUGAUAUUCUUCUAAAAGAAAUAAAUCUUGCCAUUCAUUAACUAGAAUAGUUAAACCUCCUGUUUAGAAUAUGCCUAGAAUGCUUCCAUUAUUGCAAUGCUAUGGCAGAUUUAAUCUAGGGAAAUCAGUAUUUGUUUUUUUCCUGUUCUUUGUUUCCAGCAUUCCUCAGUGACAAAGGACUGGAGUUUAGUCUUUGACUUCCUGUCCUUAACAUGUACAGUUUUUUGUUUUAGUCAGUAGCCUCUGUGAUAUUUCUGAACACUCUGACUUGUUGGUCACGAACCUCUUGUUCAAUAUACGUAAUAUGAAGCAAUAAUAUGGUGCAGCAUGGCAAUAAGAAAUCAAGAGACUUGAAUGUAAUGUACUAUUACUAAUUUCAUCUGUGUAAAUAAAUGCUGGACCUAUGAGUCAUUCUGCUUUUGGUGCACCUGUAGCAAUUUGGAGUCAGAUUAAUAGGAGCUACUUGGCCAUAGAGAGUUUACCUCCUGAACUGUUAUUCAUAUGAUAUUUUAUCUUCACCUGAAAUCAUGUUUUGAUUUUUCCUUUUUUGCUGAGGAAAACAGCAGUUCAUGUUAUUCCUUGCCAGUUCCUUUAUUUACUGAAACAUAAAAGGCAUAGUUCUGCGAAGAGCUGAUCUUGUCCUCAAGAACAACCUGGUGCAGCACAACUGACACUUGAACAAAAAAAAAAAGUGCAGACCACUUACUGUGUGCCAGAGUCAGUGUAACGUUAUCUCGCAUAUAACAUUAAGGUCCUCAGAUUGUGCUGAUGGUAGGAAAGUGAUUUUGUAAUGUAGCGCAAUUGCAAUAACACCUGUUAUAUUUAAAUAUAUUUCUUGCAUAAUUCUUUGAAAGUUUUUUAAAGUUCAGUGUACCUAAUAAACAUUUGCCUUUUGAUUA